GGCCCGGUCUCAUACUUGUCCAUUUGUUCCAGUCCAGGAAUGAAAUGGGUGUCGGAGAGAGUUGGAGCAUCGGAUUUCGCUGCGAGUGCCAGCACACUGUCCCUAGACGUGACACGGAAUCUCAAGAUGGAUCGGAAGAUAUCCCAACAAAGAGUACCGGACCCAGAUCCAGCCACAGCCUGGAGAUAUACUCAAGCAUACUUCGAGGAAAGCCUCGACAAGGUCUUUGGAGUAGUGCAUCGACCAAUGUUUGAGGCACGGUUGCAAGCACACUUCCAGCAAGAGAAUAUUGAAGAGGAUUCAGCAUGGUAUGCUCUUCGAAAUACCGUCUAUGCUUCAGGCUGCAAAAUAGUCCACACAAAAGAAGAUCGCCCGAAUGCCUUCGUUGAAGCUCAAGAGAAGGCUUGGUCGUACUUUGAGAACGCUCUUUCGGUGCACACAGACCUGAUAUAUAUGCGCACUGGGUUAUCAGCGGUCCAAGCACUACUUGCAAUGGCUUUCUAUACGGAGGGGCUUGGAAACCCGGCUUUGGAAUACAUGUUAGUCUCAAAUACUCUCCGCCUCGCUCAGUCGAAGGGACUGCAUCGUCAGCCAGUGGAGACCUGGAACAUGCGGGAACCGGAAAUUCAGCACCGCAACUGGCUAUUUUGGGCAAUAUAUGCCUACGAAAAACACAUUGCGUACCGCUCCGGAAGGCCGUCAGCCAUCGAUGAUGAUGAUAUUAGCUCCGAGAUUCCCACUGCUGUGCUCGCAGGCAGCGCCAUCAAUUUCGAUUUCUUUAUUUGCGUCAUCAAACAUGCCCAGAUUGGCUCCUCAAUCGCCAGGGAGCUUUGUUCCGUAAAGGCAUCAAAACAAACCCCAGAUGUCAUCAUCCAAAAAGCUCACGAGGUCGAACGACGACUGCGAGAGUGGAAAGAUAGCAUACCACCACAUUUGCGACCUGACCUUCCAUUCAACCAAGCCUAUCUACCACCUGGCACCCAUCUUUACCACAUCAUAUAUCUCCACUUCGCCUUCUACGGGAGCCUCAUCGCCAUCCAUUCAGUCUUCACAUACCCUUGGAAUGUCAACGGUUUCACCCGCAACCCCACUCCAGCAGUCCGGGAGCAGAUAAACACAAGCACGCAAACGGUAGUUGAUGCAUCGCGAAAGAUCAUUCUAGCAACUAAAUACAUUGACGCUAACGGUUCAUGGCCGACCUGGUUGACGUUUUUCUACCCAUUACUCGGUCUAAUCAACCUCUUCAUCUACGUACUCAAGUUUCCCAACCAACCUUCAGCCCCGGCCGACAUCGCGCUCAUGGACGUCGUCGCCGGGCACUUUGGCUUCCUCGAAUUCGCCUCAAACUCCAAAAUAGCCUUCCCUUUCACAGGCGAAAUCACUAGCUUAGCGCGCGCCACGGUCAAGAAAGCGCGUGAGCGUGUAGUAGGAGGCCCAGAGCAGCAAAUGGACCCACCAGCACCAAUGACACUCAUGGCGGAGCCCCAACUUCAGCAAGGCGGCGUUGAGUCUUUGUAUUCGAUGGGCGAGGUGAGACCAAACACCUCCAGCUCACACAAUGAAAUGUUCAAUCAGCCUGACAACUUUUCUUUUCUCCAGUUCGGCGGCCUCGACUCCAUGGACAUAGGCCUUGAGAACUGGCCUAGCUUCCUGCCCUCUUUCUCGCGAGUCUCAAGCAUGGCGAUGAAUGGCUUAUUAGGGGAUGAGGAGUUGGAUUUUAUACCCAUGAACUGAGUUUGAGGAUGAGAAGAGUUGGAUCCACUGUUCAUACGGGUAAUCAUAAUUGCGCAUUAAUCACUCCUCGCGGUCGAGGACGGUGAUGGCUAUCUGGGGGAUUCUACGACUGUCUAUAACCAACGCCGCAAUGGUGCUAUAUUAUGAAAAGGGGGCCUAGAAUAAAAGGGGGGAAUAUCAGAAAGGAUUUCUUACUUUGAGUCAUCUUAGCUACGGCGCGCGGAUUGUAUAUAAUGCCGCCAUUCUAAUGCACAUACAUUCCAACACCAAAGCAUG